AUGGAAAGGAGUCGGGAUGGAAGAGGGGCAGCGACGGCUCCUGUUCCUGGGGCGCCUGGAGUAGCCGCGGUGUUGGCAGAGAGGGACGCGCUGACGUGUGAACGGAAGCCAGCCGUGCUGGUGAAGAUUGCCCCAGACCUGACCGCACAAGACAAGGAGGACAUUGCCAGCGUUGUGUGUGAGGUAGGCGUUGACGGGCUUGUGGUCACGAACACCACCGUGAGCCGCCCCGCUACUCUCCGUGGGGCUCUCCGUGACGAAGAGGGAGGCUUGAGUGGGGCGCCCCUGCGCCAGCUCUCCACCCAGACGGUCAGCGACAUGUAUGCCCUCACGCGAGGCCGGGUUCCCAUCAUUGGCGUGGGCGGGGUCUGCAGCGGCCAAGAUGCCCUGGAGAAGAUCCGCGCAGGAGCCUCCUUGGUGCAGAUUUACACUGCCCUGACCUACCGUGGGCCGCCUGUCGUGGGCGCGGUGAAGCGGGAACUGGAGUCCUUGCUGAGGGAACAAGGAUUCCAAAGCAUCAAGGAUGCCGUGGGAGCUGAUCACUGCCUCUGAGGAAUCAUUGCGGAGAGCUCGUCCGGCUGCAGUGCCUCUUCGGGAAGGGGGGGUGACAUCUUCCUCCAGGGUGUGUCUCUUCCAGUCCCACCAAGCAUCAUCACUCCCUUAGAAAGGAGGUGGGGUCCGUUUUCCAAGCAAGCGAGGGGACUAGCUGUCCAUUCUGGUGGCCUGGCAGUGUGCCCUUUGACCCCGAAGGAGCAAACAUAGACACAAACAACAACCCAGCCUGCACUUGGCUUCUUUAACCAGAAAGGACUGUGAUGGGAGUUUAUGCUGAUGCCAGGAUGGUAGCCAGAGCCCCUCACCCCCCCCUCCCCCGCUGUGAGCUGUCAGGCCCUGUUGUGAAAUGUCUGGGC